CGCGUUUAUGCCCGCGAGAACAAUAUGUUUUAUGCAAGCGAGAACAAAUCAGAGAGAAUCUGUACAGUUUGUUGUGCUGUUUCCUGUGAAUUAAUUAUUGUCUGAUCUUGUCUGUCCGAAUAGCGGAUCAGAAAUCGUCAUUGAUGGCAUUGGUAUGGAGUCACAAAAAUUUCGAUUUCCGGCAGUUGGCACUUUUGGAUUCCCCGAGGAUUUUGAAUGCAAAUGGAUCUUUAAAGCACAGCCAGGACUCCGACUUUUGUUACAGAGCAGGGACGCGACCAUAGAUGAAAAUGAAAGAAUUCAAGUAUUAGAUACUAAUGAUGACGUCCUUGAGGAUGAACCCGGAGCCCUGACAGAUCGAGAUUCCAACAUCGUUACUUCUACCGGUGAUUCCUUGACGGUCAGGCUGACCACAGACGGCAAUACAGGAAGCACAGAAGAGUUGUUUAUCAACGUCAUUGCUGGCACAGAUUCAGGCAAUUGCCCAGGUACAACAACGCUUUUUGCUACUGACACGCCUCAGUUUUUGACAACGAAUAAUUUCCCUAGUAAAUAUGGGAGCAACGAAGAGUGUGACGUCACUAUCCUAGCGGAGGAGGGUAAAGUGGUGAAUUAUACUUUUGAAUUUACAAAUAUGGAGGAAUUCGUACCUGCCCGAAGGCGAAUCGGCUGUUUUGACACCAUUGAAGUAUUUGACGGUUCCUCAACUGACAAUACGUUGUUCGACAGCUGUGAUCCGUUCUUCCCUCAAAACUUUGGACUCAGCAGUGGGCAAAGUCUGCGAGUUCGAUACGAAACUGGGUCUAUUAAGGAGGAAUUCGGGUUUCUUCUGCGGUACAAGCAAGAAGAUGUUGAUGAGUGUGCUGCGUUACCAGGGCCGUGUUCUGAUAAUGCCAUUUGUAUGAACACAGACGGAUCCUUCCUGUGUGAAUGUAGACCCGGAUUUACAGGCAAUGGAUUCCAAUGCGAAGCAGCAACGCCAGUUAUCCGCAAGUUCAUCAUUCCCCUUCUGGCCUCUUCUGUUGGGGCCGGUCUCACGGGGGCGGGACUCCUGUUUACACUGUACGUCCUGGCCAAUGCCGGAGAAACUCCUUACAAUGUCAAGUGGUAAAUGCAGGUUGAACUAUGUCGCAUUACCGUUUGGAUGAAGAAGAAAAUGCCUGCAAAUACGUUUCUCUGUUGUUCUUUUUUUUAAAUUCUGUUAAAAUAAAGUA